UAAAGUGGAAUAUCCAGACACUCUUCCUGACUCUUUGCGCGUAUUCUUCAUCUUCCUCGUCCUAUUUUUUUCUUAGUGAAAACUAUCCUGCCCCCCGCCCCCCAACUGAAAGAAAGAUCAAAUUUUAACUCCUCGGCUGCCUCUUCAUUCCUUCACAUCUUCCCAGGUGAAGCACAAAAGGAGUGUCUUACAGUCUUCUUCUAACCAUCGCCAGCAACUCUUGCCGGCAGCUAAAACAUUUUUUGCAUUCUUUCAAGGAUCAUGAGUCCCCAGACGGCAUUGAGACAUAGUAAAGCCUUAGAGGGUUUGCAUGGGGUGCAAGUGUUUCCUCAUUCACAAUCUGCGUUGGAGGAGAAUAAUAAACAGGGGAGCUUCCAAUCCAGUCAUGAUAAAUCAUUUAUUACAGCAAAUCAACCACUAUUGAUACAAGUAUGGCAGCAGAGACCAGCUUGUUUAAGGCCUAUAAGAUGCUGUACGCAAGGUGACCAUAAUCUUGUAGAGACGGUUGCAAAUGUGUUGACGUCACUCCCCUUCAUAGUUCUUGGGAUCCAAGCCCCUAGGAAAAAUUUUAAUACUACACUGUAUGCUAAUUCACUAAUUGGAGUGGGAGUUGCCUCUACUUUGUACCAUUCUUCCAGAGGAAAGCUGAGGAAAUACUUAAGGUGGGUCGACUAUACAAUGAUAGCCACUGCCACUGUGUGUCUAUCAAGAGCUAUUCGGAAUGAAAACCCGAAGUUACUGAUGGCAGCUUCGGCUUUUCUUCUACCUGUUCAGCCUCUGAUGGUUUCAGCUGUUCACACUGGAAUGAUGGAGGUAGCAUUUGCUAAAAGAGCCGUAAAUGAUCCAGAAUUAAGGAAAGCUCAUGACGUGCAUAAGAUGUCAUCUCUAUUGGGGGCUGCUCUUUUCAUCGCCGAUGAUAUGUUUCCCGGGACGCCUUUCCUUCAUUCUGCAUGGCAUCUGGCAGCAGCAGUCGGUGCCGGCACCUGUAACAAGCUUCUCGACUAGUGUAUAUCAUAUAGUCAACCCUAUAUCUUCCCUUAGUUCCUUAUUAUCCAUUUAUCUUGAGAGCUGGGGAAACGAAAUCGCAUUGUUUUCCAAGCACCAUUCAUAUAUAUUCAGUCGCAUUCUUUUCAUGUAUUUAGAGGGUCAUAUU